UGGCGGACUACAAAUGAGGGACUACGAAAUUGUGCACGGAGAACGAUUUGAUGUUUGUACCUCGUAUCACUCCGUCCAGAAGGUGAUACGUUGUUGCCAGAAGCUGCAACCCGCAUUAUAAAUGUAACCAGUUUGAAAACAGUGAAGUUCAAACUAAGGCUGGUGUAUUCCGUUAUUGCUAGGUUUCUUCUACUGUCUUAGAUUUGGUUUGUGUAAUAUUGCAUUCCGUUAUGAAAAGGCAUUCCAUUAUUUUGUUUUGGAUAGAAAUAUGUCCGUAUUGAAAAGAGCCAAAACAUGGGAGAUAUCUGAAUCUGAAGGCGAAAGCGAUGCUGAAACUAAACCUUCAAUCAAAUGCAUUGCAUUUACCGAUCAGGGUGACGAUAACAAUGAAACAGCGACGGCCAAUAGUCCUACUGACAGUCUCGAACAGGACAACAAAGACCACAACACAGAUUGCAAGUCAACAGCCAAAACCGAACCAAGUGACACAUUGGUGGCUCCACGACCCGUUAGGUCCGGUACCGCAAGUCCGGGGAGAAAACGCCGAACCAAAGAGGAGAUAGAGGCAGACAGACAGAGAGUUGAGGAGAGGAAGGAGGCCAGAGAGAAACUCAAGAGGGUGAGGGCCGAAGAGAAAGAGGAGAGGAGAGAAGAUCAACAAAGGAGAAAAGAAGCUGCAGAGCGUCAAAAGAGCCUCAGACCUGAGAACUGUUUGAAGUGCCUGACUGUCUGUAUUGAUCCAGCUCUAUUGCAGGAUGAUGGAUCGGAUGUGUUGCUGGGAACUCUGUCUGCAUUUGAGUGGAGGAGCAGCAUUGAGACACAGCAGCUCCCUCACAGCAUCACUUGGACCAGAGAUCUUCCGCCGGAGAAAGACAGCAGUGGACCACUGGAGGAGGAGCAGGUUCUGCUGGUGUUGGGUCUGACUGACUUCAUGGGCAUGGUGGUGUCAGUCAAACAGACACUGCAUGGCAACGGGGAGGAAUCGGCAGUGGAGUCUUUCUUCAAGCUUUUGUCCGAGUGCCUCAACCGAGAUGCCAAGAUGGCGGUUACUGUUUUAGUGAUGGGAUCCAACACAAAUAGCUGGACUGGGACAUGGGAUGUACCCGAGUUGAGCCAAAGAUCUCAGUUGGGAAUGGAGGAUCUGGACAUUGAGGAGGUAUUGGUUUUCCUGCAACUGUACCGGAACAUUACUGUGGUCUUCCUGGACGGCUGGCAGGAUGUCACAGACCACGUGUGUGCCGUCACCAAGGCCCUGUCCAAACGGCCCUACAAACUGCUGACGGAGCGGUGCGAGUUGCCGUUCUGUGUGGAUGGCUCAUGGGCCAGUGGGGUGCGUGUGGAGCGGGAUGGAGCUGGGCUGGGUGAGGUGUGGAGCAGGCAGAUCACACAGCUCAACAGGGUCAGCCCUGCAGUGGCCUCCACUUUGACCACAGCUUACCCCUCACCGCAGAUACUACUGCAGGCCUACAGUAGCUUAGAGUCUGAGGAAGAGAAGAGGGGGCUGCUGGCAGGCCUACUAGUGAAGACUGGAGGGAAGGAGAGACGCAUCGGACCUGAAAUCUCAGCCAGAGUCUACCGUUCCCUCACAGCUCAAAACCCCCAGCUGGUCCUGGACUAGUUGACCAUUCUGGCGUCAGUGUAACUAAUUGAUACCUAAUGAAUUCCUAAUUGUCCCUUUGGCAUGUUGUGUAGGUCUAGGCAUCAGCAGUAUUAGUAAUAUCUAUUGCGCUUUGAUGGGCUGGAUGGAGCAUAUCAGAACAAUAAUGGCCUAAGGACCGAACCCUGUGGAACUCCAUCUUUAACCUUAGAUAGACCUGAGCGAAUUAAUCAUUCUAAGUGCCUCAGGCCUGGGGUCAGUUUGGGUUUGGGUGUACAACUUUUCUAACCACUUGAAUAGAUGCAGAACUUUUACGUUUACAUAAGUUAAAGUUAUGGCCUUGGUUGCACAUGGGGUGAUCAUCAAAAUGAGUGAAGUAUAGUACUGUAGCACUUUGUAUAUUUAAGAGAGAAUGGCAAUAGAUUUGUAUAUGAAAAAAAUAGUAAAUUACGAUUAAAUGUUUAACACAAUGUUUUACAUUUAUUUUUUUACUAUUCAUUUGCGUUCAGCAUGAAAGGUUAUACAAAUUGGCAAGAAAAGAAAAACAUCUUACUUGGUGACUAUAAGCUACUAUAAGUAAAGCAUGAGUCAGAUAAACUGCAAAUGAUCAGAAAAACAUGGAGAGCAAAGCGCUAUUAGAGAACAUGGCCACCAAUGCGCAGUAUAAAACAUUUAGAUAAUGUUAAUUGUAUGUCGGCAUUGUUCUUUCGAAGGCCAAACCCACCAUUGGUGUGUGUGUGUGGCCAAAUACCUAUUUUCAUGUCAUCUGACCAUAGCACCUCCUGGAUUCAGCUAAAUGGCAUUGGCACUUGGAUUGGAACCAGUGCUAUAAUGGUCACCUGACACCAAAGUCUUUGGCCACGCACAACUGCGGUGGGUUUGACUUUCAAAAGAACAAUGCAUAUGCAGAAAAUACCUCAUCCCUAAUGUAAAAUAUGGUGGUGGAUCUUUGUUAUGGAGCUAUUUUGCAUCCACUGGUCCUGGAGUCCUUGUUAAGGUCAACAGCAUCAUGAACUUUAUCAAGUACCAGGACAUUUUAGCCCCUCCAAAAAACUGGUUCCCUCUGCCAGGAGGCUGAAACUUGGCUGCAAGUGGAUCUUCCGGCAAGACAAUAACCCCAAGCACGCAUUUUUCAAUGGCCGUCUCAGUCUCCGGAAUUGAACCUCAUUGAAAACCUGUGGUUUGAGUUGAAGAGAGCAGUCCAUAAGCGCAGACGAAGGAUAUCAAGGAUCUUGGAAAGAUUCAGCAUGGAAAACAGGAUCCAAUCAUUUUGACCGCUAUCUAUUAGAGAUUUCUUUUUAUUACUUGUUAAAUAUAAUCUCUUUCUCUGAGCAAAAGUAUUAGUAUAAAAUAAUAUUGUAAAAAAUAAAUAAAUGUAGCAUACAAUAUA